AUGGCACUGGAAGCGCGAGCCAGUAGUGCCGCCACUAGUGAAGCGCCACGCCCGUCUUCCCCUCACUUUCCUCCCCCACCCGUCUCCCCUCAGCUCUUUCCCCACCAAUCUCCCUUCACCCAUCUUUCCCCCACCUAUCUUCCCCACCCGUCUCACUUCACCCUCUUCCCCCCACCUAUCACCCCCAACCCACCCGUCUCACUUCACCCAUCUUCCCCCCACCUAUCUCCCCCACCCGUCAUUUUCUCCCCUCCCCACUUAUCUUCCCCCACAGUUUUCCUCCCACCUAUUCCCCCCAACCCUACGCACCCAUCUUCACCCAUCUCUCCCGCGUGCACGCAUCAGGCGCUGGCAGGGCUGGUGACAGUGUUAGGGGGAGUGCGGGAUAACCCGCGGGGCGUGGGGGAGUGCAUGAGCCAGCAGCGGUACGUGCAGUUCACACACGCCACUGUCGCCGCGCGGCCAUGGGUGCAUGCUGUCAUCUACCUCCUCCUCCUCAACCACACCGACAGGGCGGAGUACGAGCGGCAGAUGCGGUGCGGAGUGGUGGACUUCAUGGAGCGCCCGCGCCCCCCAGCGGAGUGGUACAUGCCCAUGCGCUACUGGUUCAGUGACACCGCGCUGCUCGCCACCACGCCCUGCAAGGACAUGCGCACCAACCCCUCCUUCGGCCCGCAGCUGGGCGGCAUGGUGGAGCGCGCGGAGAGCUGGCUCACCACGCCCUACGUGCUCGACAAUGGCAACGCUGGCAUCGCUGCGUUCCGUGCCUGCCUGCCACUCGCAUGGGUGUGUUGGGUGGGGCAAUGGGGGCAACAGCAUGUGUGGGUGGUGUUACGAUAA